AUGAAUCUGCAAACGAAUUUAGAUCCUGAUGUAAACAUUGAUUUUCUAUUCCAACGCAAUCUUUCUUGCUACUACCCAGCCCGAGAGACGUCGGCGCGGCGUCAUUUCAUUCAGUUCAUUCAGUACCCCUUCACUCUUUCUCUUUUCUUGCCACCAACCAUGUGAUAACGUGUAUUCUCAAACAAAUCAUCCGAAUCAGUACUCACGUUCCCACUUGAUGAGAAGCAUCCAUUCUGUUCUAAAAGCUAAUCAUCCAAUCAGUCGAGACUAGAAAACAUUCAAGUGGUCACUGAACGCCAUUUAAAUGGCGAGAGUCGCAUUAACAGAUUAAUAAUUUUUCGUUUGUGAAUGCUUCAUACUUCCUAAAUCCAGUCCUGUCACCUAGCCAGAGUGAUAAGAUUCAUUUCGCAGAACCGAAAAUUACCGAAAAACCCCAAGCUGUGAUACGGUGUUUGAGAACUCACACGCCGAUUAAGAAUUUGGGUGUUUGGAUUCCACCACCGAAAAUUCGGAACCAGUUGGAUCGCGAUGCUCACUGCUUACGCACUGGUUUCAAUCGUCCUACUGGUUAAAUCGGCCCUCGCCGACCAAGGUUUCAGCUGUGAACCACUAUUUUCUCCGAUUCGGUGCGGAGUUCCAAAGUUACAACCGGACGCCCUACCAUCGCAACCGUCCGAAGCAAUCCGGGGUGAAUUUCCGUGGCAUGCUGCGUUGUAUCAGGAGGCGGAUGGGAAUUUUAGCUACAGCUGUGGAGGAUCACUGAUCAGCGAGCGGUUCGUGAUUACGGCGGCACACUGUGUGAUCAAUCAGAACAAUGGUUAUCGGAUUACAGCGAAGCGGUUGAAGGUGCUGCUGGGUGGCCAUGAACUGGGAGCGGAGGAUAGGUGCGUGCAGGAGAUGAAGGUUCGGGAAAUUCACGUUCACGAGCAGUACCAGCUGGGGGACUAUCGGCAUGAUAUCGCGCUGGUGGAAUUAACGGGACGGGUUGGUUUCACGCAGCGAGUUUUGCCGAUUUGUGUGGAUUUGAGCGAAAAUGAGGAUAAUCAUUUCUAUAAACAGUACGGAAAGGUUGCCGGUUGGGGUUAUACCGAGUACGAUUCCGUUUCCAGUUGGUUAAGGAUGACAGAACUGCCGUUCGUUAACUACACUAGCUGCCUAGCGAGCAAUCCGGCGGUGUUUUCUCAAACCAUCUACGAUGGGAUGUUCUGCGCUGGUUAUGCCAAUGGGACAAGUGUCUGCAAUGGAGACUCGGGUGGGGGUCUGGUGUCUUUCAACCGGGACCACUGGGUCCUGCGAGGAAUCGUUUCGUUUACUGCUCUUCGCGAUAAUGAGAGGACGUUGUGCGAUAGCGAAGAGUUUGCAGGGUUCACCAAAGUCCGAUAUUAUCGGGGCUGGUUGAGCGGUAUUCUCGAUAGGAAGGACUUACCCGAUCGUUCCAAACUUCCACUAGCGAAGAAAAAGGUCGAAGAACCACCAGAGGAGGAGGAUGAGGAGGAUCAGGUACCUUGCGGUGAACGUAAAAUCAACAAACGGCAACUGAUCGUGAACGGAGUUCGUAGCUAUUCCGGCGAGUGGCCUUGGCAUGUGGCAAUAUUUGAAGUGACCGGUCGCCAAAAAAGGUACAUCUGUGGCGGAACGCUUAUCAGCGAUCAGUUUGUAAUGACAGCAGCUCACUGUAUGUUGGAUGACGCUUUGAAACCGCGAUCAGGAACCAUAGUGGUGCAACUCGGACAGAACGACCUCUUCGAAAGCUCCGUCAAUAUGCGGGAGGUUCGAGUUGACAAGAUCUCACCUCACAAACAGUUUGAUCCUGUUAGUAAGACGCAUGACGUUGCAUUGCUGGAACUCUCGUCGAAUGUUGAGUUCAACGAUUACAUUCAACCGGCUUGUUUACCGAAGAAGCAGGACGGUAACGGAUCGAAUCUACUCGGGACGCUUGGGUCCAUCAUCGGUUGGGGAUAUGAGCAGCCAUGGUCGUUUAUGAUCGCCAACACGCUGCAGUCCACUAGACUUCCCGUCGUCAAUCAGUCGCUGUGUGUGGUUGGAGGGGAUUUCGGUGCGGAAAUGGAUGGUGUUAUCUGCGUUGGAUCCGGCAAUGGGUCAAACGCGUGCACCGGAGACUCGGGAGGAGGAAUGUUCUUCGAGGAAGACGGACUCUGGACAGUUAAAGGAGUAGUUUCUGCACUAGAUACUGUUAAUGGUUUUUGCAAUCCCGAAGGCUACCUAAAGGUAGCUAGUACUGGUCAUUUUUUGAAAUGGAUCAAACAUGAGAUUAAGGCUGCAUUGCAGAUUACACAAGGAGGUUCAGAUAGGAAAAUGUCAUUCCUGCAUUCUGCUGCCAAUUAUGCAACGACACAGCCCGAGCUUGCUACCACCAGUCCAUCCCAGUACCCCGGUGAAUCGCACAUCCAUCACCAUUAUCACCACCAUUACCAUGGCGGCGAUCAGCAGAACCAGCAGCGAAAACGCUGCAAAAAGGGCAGCGGUUCAGCGGAGAGCAACGAGAGCGGUCUUAAGCGGAUAAUCACGAAGAAAAAAUGUUUUAUCAAGGAUUUGACAAGCGACCUGCUAUCCAAACUGUUCUGAGUGAUAAAACGUGGGAGAGAGAGAGAGAGACCUUCAUUAACAUGUCGCCUAUAAGCCUCUUCACAUAGUAGAGAAUAUAUGACCCAAAUUCGUAUAAUUACCAACUCUCGUCAGAGCUGUAUGUCCGGUCCGGCAAAGUGUGUGUGUGUCUGUGCCCGGGUAUGUGUCCCUCCUCAUUGUAACUUUAUCCUUCAACUUUGUCGACACCAACCAGCAGCACAAAGGUUUUCUCACUCACAUUCAGGACCCGGCAAUGUGUGUCUUGUGGUAGUCCUACCAUACUUGAGCAUCGCAUUACGGCACUUGUGAACGACAAUUUCCUCGGAAUUCGCAACCAUUCACAAAAUUAAUGGCGACUGGUACCGGGCAAAGUGCUCUGAUGCUACUUAGGCACAGGCAGCGGGGCGUUUGGUGGAGGAAGACGGUAAUUUUCUUACCGAGACAGACUUGGCGAGGACCUUUUUCGAAACGACAGCCAACGCCGGCACAAGUGUUGGUUAGUGGGCCGACACGGACGGAGAGUACUUUGCUCGAAAUACUUAUUCAAGUACCAUAUAUAUAUAUAUUUCGACCAGGGAAAACAAGAUUAUAUCCAUCCCGCCCGUCCUGUCCGUUUGUAAUCGAGCAAAUGCGGUGGGGUUUUACAAGACUUGACACAAACGGAGAUGAUAGCAAACAUGUUUUCUGGCAGCUGAUGGGAAUGCGCGGGAAAGAUGGCUGUGCCCGUGUUUAUUUUAUCGGACGUGGCCAUCGACUCUAUUAGAGGCCCACGUUUAGUCAAAUGUUCCGAGACAAUAAAAUAGUAACAAUAUGAGUCUGAACUGUCAUGGGUCAUCUGGUUGAAUAGCAAUAACAAAUCUUCAUAAUAACAUUCUUCCGUCAUGUUGCACAAUUUUAUUUUGCAUAUAAAACCAAAAAAAUCUGCGAUUUUUCUAUUAUUUUUUUUUCAAGCUGAUUCGUUAUUAUUGAAUGCGAUUCUGACAUGAUUGGUGUAAGUGUAGAUCAAUCGGCUAUAAUUUUACGAUGUGUUAUAUAUUGCUGAUUGCCAUAGGCGUGCGCAGCCUUUUUCCUUAACCCAUUCAUGCCCAUGUUGUUUGUGGACAACAACGUUUUUAAACAGCUAUAACUUUUGAGUAAGGCAAAAUUUGCUCACAAAAACAAGUAAGGCUAAUAAAUAGGGUUCGUCGCGGUUGUGGUAAUUACCGCAACCGCGCGGUAUUUACCGCACCCGCACCGCAAAAACUGCGGUGCGGUGAGACACUUUUUCCCGCGGUUGCGGUGCGGGAAAUGAGCUUUUACCGCGCGGUAUUACCGCAACCGCACUACAAAAAAUAAUUGAUAAAGUCUGCAGUCUGCAUUAAAAAGUGAAUUAAAACUAUGACUUUUACCAUUUGAGAAGGACGCAACUAGAUUUAUUUUCUGAACGAAUGCUUAGCAAUGUCAUUAUUAGGAACAUCUCUCUGUCACAACCUUCGAGUUUUUUAUUACCCUACAUUAGAGAAACAUGAUAAACAUUAAAUUGCUCUAAUUUCCAUAGGCUUGACAAUGAUUUGAAAAGAAAUCCGAAUAUAAUCUGUAUU